UUCAAUAAAGUUUGUUGACAAAAAAAAGCCUCCCAGUACACAGGUCCCUUGAUUUGUGCAUAGUAGGAAGCAGAGAGACGGAAGAGAGAAGCCGGCAGAUGCAGAGCACAUCACCUGUACUGAGCCAAGUGGAAGUUCCUAUAAGUCAUCAUAUAUCCUAUAUCUGAAUCAUAUAUUACACAAAUCUCUAUAAAUAUAAAAAUUCCUGCUGCCAUUAAAAGGACAUUGUGACAUUACUGAGCCAUGACUGAUUGCCGUUGUCAAUUACAAAAAAAUGGGGAAAAAGACGAGGAAGCGAAUGUGGGAUUACCUGUGCAACCGCCAAACCUGUCCCUACAGCAACCGAAGAAGCGCAAACUAGUUCUACAUUUCGAUUUGAAUAAUACCAUCCUGGUCUCUGAUGCUUCUACUGGCCAAGGGCCCAGAGCUGCUCUAAACUCUUACCUGAGCACCGUUACAUGGGGACAGAUCAGUGAAACAGGUGAAUGGACCUGGCUGAGCGACAGUGUUUCAGUGACGGCUCCAUGCAACAAUGCAGUCAACUAUUUUACACAGUUUGGUCGUAAUACACAAUUCACCGACUCCACAAUGGGGAAGAGAUUUAAAGAGAUCUUCAACUGUCACAUGCAGAUGCUGGAGUGGCAAGGAGAAGCAAACACAACGUUCACGCAAAAAGAAGAGGACGGAACAGUCUAUCACUGGAUCCUCCCUUCCUUCUUCCACCUGUUAGAGAGUCUGUAUGAGCAAGGGCGGGAGUUUUCUGUGAUAUUACGGACCUUUGGCGUUGACCUUCCGCUUGUAUUGCCGGCAAUUCACUCUGCAUUAAUGGGAGGGCAUCCCUAUUUCCCUCAGCUGAGCAAAGUGCCAUUGAAGGUGGAUCUGACCCCAGGAAAGAUUCGCUGCAGCGCAAGGGAGGUGGUGAUGACCUGGGGCUCCGACCGUAUCUCCACCAAGGAAAAGAAGGAGAGUAUAUAUGAAUACUUCAACACUAUUACUGGAAUAGGAGGGAUUCAAGAUCACUUUGAUUGGUGGGCGAGAAAUCAUUUCUCUGGCGAUGGUGGGAAACCAUUUUGGAUUGAGCCCAAUGACCGAGACGUUCAUCAUAUAUUUAUAGAUGACAACAUAAGGCUAAAUGAAGAUGAUACUAUCGUCAAUUGUCAGGUGUUCAAUAAUCCACAACACAGAUCCAAAUCCAGGAAGGUUUCCACCUCUGAGCUGUAUGACAUCUGCUUGGUGCAGAACGACCUUCUCCGGGCGAUUGCAGAAAAGGAUUAUUUUCUCGAUUGUAUCAGAGUUUGUGAAGAGAACUAUGACCGUUAUGUGGCCAACUUCCCGCUCCAGCCGACGCACGAGUCCCAGAUGUGAAGUUGAUUAAUACAGUAGUUGUGCACUUAGCUGGGAAGACUGACGGAUUCUUUCAUCGGCAGGAAGAUAAAGCGGCGCUAUUGUAGCUCACAGAAUUAAUGGCCGUUAUGUCUUAUCGACGGAUCGUGCGCAAGUUUUACAGCCGUUUGCAACGAGCUUAUCAAAACUGUUUCGAUGGAAAGGUCAGAGAGAAAUCAAUAGCGAUGUCAUUUAACAGAAGCAGCAGAAAUGGGCCGUACCCACCAGGGAUAAAAUCACACAUCACAUAAAAACUCAUCGCUUUUAAAACUGUAACCUCUAGUAAAGAAUCUAGUUAUUGUCAUGGCUUCAUGUGCUGCCUGUGAGCACUGGCUUAGGGGUUGUCAACUGUGUAUUUAUAGACCCAUGCCCGACCCACCCUGCUAUGCAAGUCUAUAAAAACACUCACCGGAGACAGAAGCCGGCACAGUAAGAUCACGGGCAGGGAGACCCAGCAGCCCAACAAUCGUGUGAGUAAGUCGGCCCAAUCCCGCCUGAUACCCGGGUCCCACAGGUUUCGGACCAGCCUGCACAUCACUACUUAGGGGCACUUGCCUUGAGCCCUAUCCUCACAAAUGGCAUCAUACGUGUUACAUGGUGUUGACUGGAGUAGCUUCUGAUUCACUUGGCUCAAUCAGUUGUGACUAUAGACACAACCUUCUAAGGAU